AUGCUCCACUGCAACAGCAACUCCAUCUUCUGCUGCUGCUUCUCGCUGGCUCGAAUAGACCCGCACUACCUGCAGCAGCAGCAGCAGCAGCAGCAGCAGCAGCAGCAGCAGCAGCGGGAGAAGUGGCCCAGCAGCGAACUCGCAACAGCACGCAAGCGGCAGCAGCAGCGGCACGACAGCAGCACCAGCAAAACAACAGCAGCAGCACGACAGCAACAGCGCCACAGCAGCAGCAGCAGCAGCACGGCAGCAGCAGCAGCAGAACCACCGCAGGAGCAGCACCACCACCGCAGCAGCAGCAGCACCACCACCACCACCGCAGCAGCAGGAGCAGCAGCACCGCCACAGCAGCAGCAGCAGCACCACCGCAACAGCAGCAGCACCACCGCAGCAGCAGCAGCAGCACCGUCACAGCAGCAGAACCACCGCAGCAGCAGAACCACCGCAGCAGCAGCAGCACCACCGCCGCCACAGCAGCAGCAGCAGCAGAACCACCGCAGCAGCAGCACCACCACCACCACCGCAGCAGCAGCAGCAGCAGAACCACCGCAGCAGCAGCAGCACCGCCGCGACAGCAGCAGCACAGCAGCAGCAGCACCACCACCACCACCACCGCAGCAGCAGCAGCAGAACCACCGCAACAGCAGCAGCACCGCCGCCACAGCAGCAGCAGCAGCAGCAGCAGCAGCAGCAGCAGCAGCAGCAGCAGCAGCAGCAGCAGACCUUGAGUCCCGUGGCGUGGACGCGUUCGGCCAAGUUAUCAACAGCAACGUUGCUGGGAGCAGCAACAAGAAGCGGCUUUUGCUGCGGGCUGCUGCAGCACAAAACGAGCGCAGCAGCAGCAGCAGAGGUGCGCUGCAGCCAGCAGCAGCAGCAGCAGCAGAAGUGCGUCAGCAAAUCAAGCAGCAGCAGCAGCAGCAACAGCAGCAGCAGCAGCAAGAGCCCACAGCGCAUCACCAUAGCCAGCAGCAGCAGCAGCAGCAACAGCAGCAGCAGAGCGUUAUAAGCACCAACAGCAACUCCACUCGCAUCGCCACCAUCAGCAGCAGCAGCAGCACCAUGAGCAGCACCACAGCAGCAGCAGCAGCAGCAGCACAGGCAGCAGCAGCAGCAGCGCCUUAA